AUGUCCACCAACCCAACAAUCAGCACCAGCUCGGGCAACCAGCCCGUAGACCCAUACAAGUCCCAGAACUCCGAGGACCCCCCUCUGGCCACGAAGAUCGAAGAGCUGACCGACUUCAUCUCACAAGUGAAGUUCGGCAUGCUGACGACCAAGCAGUCGGGCGGCGAUUUCCUCGUGUCGCGAUGCAUGGCAUUGGCCGCUAAGGAAAACGGCGGCGUCGACCUCCUCUUCCAUACAAACCUGUUCUCCGGCAAGACCUCAGACGUCUCCAUUCACCCGCAAGAAACCAACAUGUCCUUCCUGGACCCGGUCAGCGGCGCCUGGGCCUCCAUCUCCGGGACAGCGAGUGUGAUCGCCGACCCGGCGGUGAUCGAGAAGUACUACUCGCCAGCACUGAAGGCCUGGGUCGGAGACCUGGGUGAUGGCGUGCAUGACGGAGGGCCGAAGGACCCCCGCAUCGGCGUGAUCAAGCUGGAAGCUAAGCUGGCGACGCACGUGGCUGCUCGUAAGGGCAUCAUGGGGCGUGCUUAUGAUACCGUGAAGGGUGCCGUGCAGGGCAAUGUGCCCGCCAUCAACAGCAUUCGGGAGAUUAGCACCGAGGAGCUGGAUGAGUGGCGUAAAUCGCACUAG